AUGGCCAAACGUCCUAAUUUCCUUGUCAUCGUCGCCGAUGACCUUGGUUUCUCCGACGUGGGCUGCUUCGGCGGCGAGAUUCGCACGCCCAACAUUGACAACAUUGCGAAGGAGGGUUUACGAUUCACAGAUUUCCACGCUGCGGCGGCAUGCUCACCGACCCGCGCCAUGAUUAUGACCGGUACAGACCAUCACAUCGCCGGUCUGGGUAACCUGAUUGAAUGGACCAAUAUCUCCGGCCAGAACGGUCCCAAGGGCUCCGCUAUGAGUACAGCUCCCCAGCGUGGUAUGCCUGGCUACGAGGGAUACCUGAAUGAGCGCGUAGUAGCUCUGCCCGAGGUGCUGCGUGAUGCAGGCUAUCACACAGUGAUGUCGGGUAAAUGGCACUUGGGAUUGACACCGGAGCGAUCACCUCACAAGCGUGGGUUUGUGCGAUCGUUCGCCCACUUGCCCGCCUGCUCAAACCACUAUGCUUACGAGCCGGAGCUGCGUGACAAGGACCAGAUUCCUACCUUCAUUGAGGCUUCAUAUAUUGCUCUACAUAUGGAAGAUGGCGAAUAUGUACGCAAGCUCCCCGAGGGUUGGUACUCGUCUGAUGGAUAUGGCGAUAAAAUGGUUGAUUACCUGAAAGAAUGGAAGGAAAGCGGUGGUAGCGAAGGUCCUGAUGGUAAAGGAGACCGCCCUUUCUUUGCAUACUUGCCCUUUACGGCGCCCCACUGGCCUCUUCAGGCACCUAAGGAAUACAUCGAUCACUACCGUGGUGUUUACGACGAAGGUCCCGAUGUUCUGCGUGAAAAACGUCUGCAGCGCCUGAAGGAACUGGGUAUGAUCAGCGAGGACGUCGAGCCUCACGAGGUGAACGCCGAAGAGGUCAAGUCCUGGAACGAGUUCACAUCUGAGGAGAAGAAGAAGUCCACCACAGCCAUGGAGGUUUUCGCCGGAAUGGUCGAGUGUAUUGAUACCAACGUCGGUAAGGUGGUUGAUUACCUGCGAUCAAUUGACGAGCUGGACAACACGUUUGUCUGUUUCAUGUCCGACAACGGUGCCGAGGGCGCCGCUUAUGAGGCCUACCCCAUGGUGCAGAACGGUGUGAUGCCGCAUCUGCAAAAGUACUAUGACAACAGUCUCGAGAACCUCGGCGCCGGCAACUCUUUCAUCUGGUAUGGUCCGCGCUGGGCGCAGGCCGCCACCGCUCCCUCGCGUCUGUACAAAGCCUACACCACUGAAGGUGGCGUCCGCGUCCCAUUCACCUGUCGCUUCCCUAAGAACAUGAAUAUCCAGCCCGGCGACGCAACUGCCGCUGCCGGCGGCAUUACCGACCAAUUCUCGACCGUCAUGGACCUUGCACCUUCCAUCUUAGACAUGGCUGGCGUCAAGCAUCCAGCGCCAAAUUACCAAGGCCGCGAAGUCGUUUCCAUGCGUGGUGUCAGCUUCCACCCGUGGGCCACCGGCGAAGCGGAGCGCAUCCAUCCGAAGGACUUCAUCCAAGGCUGGGAGACCUGCGGCCGAGCCGCACUUCGCUGUGGUGACUGGAAGAUCGUCUUCAUUCCCAAGCCCAAAGGCCCCGAGAAGUGGCAAUUGUACAACCUUGUCAAGGACCCUGGCGAAGUGCACGAUCUUGCUGAUGCCCAUCCUGAGCAUCUCAAGAGACUUCUCAAGCUUUGGGAUCAGUACGUUCUUGAGACUGGCGUUAUACCUCUGUGUCCUGAUCUCGGUGAUUUCUUGGAAGCUACCGAGGCCCAAAUGCCCGAGAAUGCCUGGAUGGAGUUUGAUUACUGGAAGGAUGGGGCAAGAGAUACGCCUGAGAAGUUCACACGCGAGCCACCGCGCUUCCAGCGUACUGAGAGGCCUUUCUAG